AAGCGCGGAGGCGUUGGGAACUCCUCGAUGAUGAUGAUAGCCUCUUCGCAUUUUUGCAGUGCCAGUGCCCCGCACUCCUCUUCCUCCUCCGCUUCCAGCCACCACCGGUCCGCCACCACUGCUAUGUACACUCCAAACCCCGAUGCAGCCGUAGCACUAGCAGACGAGACAAGGAAGCAGCUGGCUAGCUAGUAGAGCUUUCCUCCACAGACGAGACAAGGAAGCAGCUGGCAGCUUCCCCACCCAAACAUGGCCUGGAGCCGGCUCGCCUCCCGCUCCAGCCGCCGCCCCUUCCCCGUGCUCCCGCGUCCCACAACGCCGCCCCCGCCGCCGCAUCCGCCGGUGGCACCCGCCACGCCCUCGCCGCCGCUCCGCCGUCUCCUCCUUCCCCUCUCCCCACUCCGCUUCGCCGCCGCCGCCGCCGCCGCCUCUUCCUCCUCGUCCUCGUACGUGCGGCUCCUCGACGAUGACUGGCGGCGUGCAGUUGGCGGGAGGAGCAGGUGGUUCGCGAGCGAUGCCUCCGCGGCGCCGGUGCCGGCGGGGGAGGCGGCUGAGCUGGUCGAUGUUCCUUUGGCGCAAACGGGGGAAGGGAUCGCCGAGUGCGAGCUGCUCCGCUGGUUCGUCAGCGAGGGUGAUCAAGUAGAUGAAUUUCAGCAGCUCUGUGAAGUACAGAGCGACAAAGCAACUAUUGAAAUAACAAGCCGUUUCAAGGGAACCGUACAUCAAGUUCACUUCGCCCCUGGUGACAUAGUGAAGGUUGGAGAAACUUUAUUGAAGAUGAUUGUGGGUGACAGUCAAGUUGUAUCUCAUGAUAGUAUGGCUUCAUCCCCUGAUGUGUCACUUGGAAUGGAUAGUGCAAGUCCUGUAGGUGAAGGCAAUGCUCCUCAUGGAACCCUCUCUACACCAGCUGUCAGGCAUCUAGUUAAGCAGUAUGGGCUCAACAUAAAUGAUAUUCAGGGUACAGGAAAAGAUGGGAGAGUUUUGAAAGAAGAUGUGUUGAAUUACGCUGCCAACAAGAGUCUUUGCCAGGAGAAACCAUCAGCAUUGAAAGAAAAUGUUGGUCAAGUUGAGUUACUGGAGGGAGGAAAAUCAUUACUUGAUGCUCAGUGUUAUGAAGAUAAGAGAGUUCCUCUCAGAGGAUAUCAGAGAUCAAUGGUGAAAUCAAUGAGCCUGGCUGCAAAAGUACCACAUUUUCAUUAUCUGGAGGAAAUAAACUGUGAUGCUCUUAUAAAACUUAAGGCAUCAUUCCAAAAGGAGAAUAAAGAUCAUAAUAUCAAGCAUACCUUCCUUCCAUUCCUCAUAAAGUCUCUUUCUAUGGCACUGAGUAAAUACCCUUUGUUGAACAGCUCUUUCAUUGAGGAAACAAAUGAAGUUGUUUUUAAAGGAUCCCACAACAUUGGGGUAGCUAUGGCUACAGCACAUGGAUUAGUGGUGCCAUACAUCAAGAAAGUUCAGUCACUUUCAAUAUUGGAGAUCACAAAAGAAUUGUCAAGAUUACAUGAGAUCGCAUUGCACAACAAACUAAGCACCGAAGAUAUUGCUGGUGGAACCAUAACACUAAGCAACAUCGGUGCCAUUGGCGGCAAGUUCGGCUCCCCAGUCCUCAACCUUCCUGAAGUUGCGAUCAUUGCUCUGGGCCGCAUUCAGAAGCUCCCUCGCUUUGACGAAGGCGAAAACGUUUACGCUUCCUCCAUAAUCAAUGUUACUGUUGGAGCUGAUCACCGAGUUGUUGAUGGUGCCACGGUGGCAAGGUUUUGCAAUGAAUGGAAAAGCCUCGUGGAGAAGCCAGAGCUGCUCUUGCUGCACAUGCGAUGAUCAAGUAAGAUACCUGGUGCAAAAGUGUGUUCUGUCAAUUUGUGAAGUUGCGGAGUUGCAGGCACUCUGUGCGUAUAAUAAACAAAUUGCUAGAUAGAGGGAGUCACUCAAACCCAAAUAUAUAUUAACCAAUAAUGGGUGACUCUGCUUCUCUUCUGCAUCUGUGUGAUCGCACCCUGUGAAUAUGUCUACACACCUACGAAAUAAAGGCGGAGUUGAUUUUCUGCAA